AUAGCCACCUCAUAUUUAGACUGAUCGAAGCUACAACCGUGCAUCCGAAGUACAACGAAACGACUGGAGAGCAUGAUAUCGCUGUGAUAAAGCUGAAGGAAGCUAUCCAUCCUUUCGUCCAUCUGUUUCCAGUGUGUUUGUGGCAGAAUACAACACACUCUCCAGUACAUCAAGGCAUUAUGCAUAGCGCGUCUGGUGUGCUUAUCCCCAUUCAUCCGAUGUACAAUUCGGACUGUGAAAAGCGUUUGAAUCGUUCGUUUACAAUCCCUGGAAUGGGUUGUAUGCAUACGGAGCAUGAAUCGUUUCUUGCAGACAUUCAUAGAGAAUGCUUAAACAUGCAAAAGUAUAAAAAUCUUGACCGUAACACUUACGGACGCUUCAAAACAGGAAAUCCUAUAAUAUGGCGGGAAUACAACAAAACUGGAGAAGCGAGUCUUACCGAGUUUCUGGUCAACAUCUACAGCUAUGGAGACUGUGUUGAUGGAUUUCCAUUACACAUUGUGCAUCAUGUUGCAUUCUACGUGGAGUGGUUCGCGAAAGUGUUGCAAUAAAUCGAUAAUAAAAUAAUUUGGUUUGAGCUCUCAGGAUCAAUUUCUUUUUCG